AUUUUGCUAAAUAUAGUAUAAUCCCUAAGUGGUUUAUAUAUAGCAGUAUUAAAAUCACAGCUUAAAGUAGAGUGUUAAAAUCACCUUACGGGCAGGGCACUGGGGAGGCGGGCACGCGUUCAUGCGCAAAGAAAAUUAACCUAGCUGGUGGGCUGUUGAGGCGCGCGCAGAGGGAAUUGGGGAUGGGGUGGUAAACAAAGUCCUUAUCACUGCUUCUUUCAGGUGAGAUGGAAUCACACCUUGGCAUAAAGAGGCAUUCACCCAGUGGUGUCUGGGUGUUUUGAUGUCAGUGGGGCGGUGAAACCACUCAGGGUUUCCGUGAGAACUAGUCAGAAUCCUAAAGAAGAUACCCAAGGUGCUUCCACACUUCGGACAGCUCCUUUAGAGUUCUGCCAGGUUCGGCCUGAAACCUGAAGCGGAUUCACAACCCCACUGACCUCGGAGCCACCUGACUCCACUGUGUUCACCGUUAUCCUUCCCCACUCAGCCAAUCCCCCCGGCUGCUUUUGUAAGCCAGCCAGGCCAAGCACCCAAGUGGUAGACGUACUCCUCCAAGGAUCCCGUUCAUAUCCCCAGGAUGUCGGAAUUGGAAAGCAUCCAUUGUAACUGGACAAGCAGGGGCCAAAGCUACAUCCACUAGACUGUUCAACAAUUGUAUCCAGGUUGGCACAGGUAGAAUCAAUUUUAUCUGCACAGUGUUGUGCUAAUAUCUACCACUUGUUCUUGAAAACCGGAGCAUAAUAGGCCUCUGACCACCCGAAAAAUCUCCGCUGUGUGAUUCUGUCGAAUGGCGCUGCAGACGUGCUUCAACACCCUCAUUUGCCACAGAAUAGGCUUCAAAAUGAGUUCUACCCGUGUUCGAUCAGACUCAUUCUGCAUUUUCUGCCAAGACCGCUCUAGUCCAUGCUCCGCUUGCUUCAUCGCCUGCAAAGCUCUGAAAAUCCAAGGGAUUCAUUUGACUUCACUCCUCAGAGUUCAAUAGUUUGAACAAUGGUGCUGGACAGGAGGUGCAGGUCGUCCAUGAAGAACUGAGGGCUGACAGUGAGCUGUAGAAGGAAAGGCAGUGGACUUAAGGCCUAAGCAAAUGGUUCAAAGUUGUCCUCAGUCAUGUUCUUACCCAAAAUAGAAGAGGACAUGGUGUACCGAGUUAUUUUCAAACUCCAACACCCUUCCAAACUCCAACCCCUUCAGGGAACCUGACAGAUGGAACUGACAAUUGUUUUUCUCAAAAGUGAGAUAUCGGGGUUGUUAUUUCCAUUUUGCGCCUGUAAAAUGAACAGCUGUGAGAUAAGGUGAGAAGGGGGAGGGAUAUAAAAGAACCUGGAAGACCAACACCAGUUCUUCUGGGCUUGUGACACCAUGGCGAUCUUCCUGUUUGCAGUUCUAUUGAGCGCCGCAGCCCCCGCACCCUCGUUGUGCACCUCGGUGAGCAUGACGUCACCCGGGAGGAAGGGACAGAACAGCACAUCCAGGUGGAAAAGGCCAUCCCUUACCCACAUUACAAUGACAACAACUACGACAGCGAUAUCAUGUUGAUCAAACUCUCCACCCCAGUCACAUUCAACGCCUUUGUGCAGCCCAUCGACAUUUCUCCCAGCUGCCCUGUGCCAGGGGCCAACUGCCUUGUCUCAGGCUGGGGGAACAUGUGGACAUCAGGAGUGAAAUAUGCGGAUAACUUGCAGUGCCUGGACCUGCCCAUUCUGUCCGACCCUGUCUGCCGUUACUCCUAUCCUGGCCGCAUCACUUCUAACAUGUUCUGUGCUGGCUACAUCGAGGGAGGCAAAGACUCUUGCCAGGGAGACUCCGGCGGACCUCUGGUGUGUGAUGGGAAACUGACCGGCGUGGUGUCCUGGGGUUUUGGAUGUGCCCAGCAAAACCGCCCUGGGGUGUACACCACUGUGUGCCAUUACAAAGACUGGAUCGAAGAGGUGCUCGCAAACAACUGAGAUAAUCUUGGGGGUUGUCUUCAAGGGAAAAAGUGGGGGCUGCAUCGGAUGACACU